UCACGCACAACACUCGUCUCGCGUGUGAACGUUCCCAGUGUGUACUGCACUUUACAUACUUUGAUAUCUCGCAUAAAAGGUAGGAAAAGUUGAAGUGAAAUUUUGAUGGACACUCGUAAAAAGCUGACAAGACGAGGCAUAUUAAAGAAAAAGAAAUCUAAUCAGAAUUGGCCGGUUGAAUUUUGUUUGUGUGAAUUAUUCUAUAGUAAAAGGAUUAAACUUUAAUAAUCUAACCUGAGUGCUGUGUAAGAUGGGCGAACCAUCAGGAUUAACCAAUAGUGAAACCCGUGAGCUUUGCAAGCCACCAGAUCCUGCAACAAAUGGAUAUAUUAUGCAACAAACAAUGUAUCGUAUUAAGGAUCCAAGAAAAUCUUUACCUUUUUAUACCGAAGUACUUGGUAUGACAUUGUUGCAAAAGCUUGAUUUUCCAGAAAUGAAAUUUUCUUUAUAUUUUCUUGGUUACGAAAAUCAGAAAGACAUACCAACUGAUAAAAGAGAAAGUAUUGAGUGGACAUUCAGUAGAAAAGCAACUAUAGAGUUAACUCAUAAUUGGGGAACAGAAACAGAUCCAGAUGCAAAAUAUCACAAUGGAAACUCAGAUCCUAGAGGAUUUGGUCAUAUUGGAAUAGCAGUACCUGAUGUUGAAAAAGCAUGUGAAAGGUUUGAAAAGUUAAAUGUGGAAUUUAUAAAAAAACCAAAUGAUGGCAAGAUGAAGGGACUUGCUUUCAUUAAAGAUCCUGAUGGUUACUGGAUUGAAAUCCUGAAUGCUUUAAAUCUUCCCAAAAUUGUAUUAGGUCAUUAGCAUAUCUUGCAUUCUGAAAUAAUUAAACUAUAAAUGUAACAAAUUGAACUGGACAUAAUAUUUUAUCAAGUAACUAUUGAAUCAUUAAUAAAAUCAGUAUAUAGGUGCAAACCAAAAUCUAUAUAAGUUAAUUAGAGUGUGAAAUGAUACAUAUUUAUGUAUACUAUAUUUUGUAGUAAUGUACAUUCUCUUAUAUCACAUUAUGUUAUAUAUGUAUAGAAUAUUGUAACGUUUACCAAAUUCUCAAUGAAUAA